CUCCAUCCAUGAUUGUAAUUUAGGUUAUAGUACUAAGUUGUGUUUAUUAGGAAGGAGUACGUUUGAAGUGUAUUUUAUUUAAUUAUUUAAAAUAAAAAUUUACAAAUAUGCCGACCUAUGAAAUGCCAUUAUUAUUACGGCUCGGAAAGAAGGCUGAAUAUGCAACUAUUUUAAAGAAUGUGGCAAAUUCGAUAUUUGAAACAGGAGGAUUCAUUAGAAAACUUGAGAAUUGGGGCGAUAAGGAACUUCCAUGUAAAACAUCAAGUCAUGGUGCAGUUCACAAAAAAGCUGGUCAUUUCUUCAUUGCCUUUGAUGCUCCGCCAGCCGCAAUAGAUAAAAUUAUUGAUGAAUCUAAAAGGAAUUUGAGUAUUGUAAGAGUAAAUGUAUAUCUACAGAAUGAACCAGAACAAGUAGAAUGUACAUUUGCUGAAGAAUUAUUGCCCCCACCUUACAGACCUAGUGUUCAAAAAAUGUUGGAAAUGGCUAAGAAACAGAAAAAUGAUAAAUACAAAUUUAAAUAUAAUUCGGGAUUGGACUAUUAUCCUUUCAUGAGAUGAGCAAUUUGUUUAUUAUUAUUUAUUAAAUAAUGCAGUAUGUAUGUACAGUUUAAAAUAAUAAAAUCUGUGUAA